CAAUUUUUUUCACAAGUAAAUUAUUUUAUUCAACCAAAAAUCAUCAUCAUCAUCAUCAUCAACAUGCCUUUUAUUUUUCGUUUACCUGGUAAACGAAGUCAACAAUAUAAUGUUGCCAGUAAAGAUUUAUUCGUCAUACCUAUUGAAUUGUUAACAAAUGAAUGUAUUGAAUGUACAUUAUUGGCAACAAGUACUGGCCAAGAAUGUUUGGAAAAUGUUUGCCAAAAAAUUGGCAUUCAACAGCCAGAAUAUUUUAGUCUAUUAUUUCGUUCGAAAAAAAUGGUCGAUCAAUGGAUUGAUUUGACAAAAUCGGUAAAAAAACAGCUUUCAAAAUAUGCACAAGAAAUACGUCUAUAUUUUCGGCUACAAUAUUUUGUACCGAAUUUUCAUUUUUUAUCCGAUGAAAUAAGUCGUUAUCAUUAUUUUUAUGCAAUGAAAAAUUUAGUUAUCGAUGGCCGUAUUGCAUGUAGUCGUGAUGAUGCCAUUUUAUUGGCCAGUUUUAGUCUACAAGCAGAAUUUGGUGAUUAUUCACCUGAACGUCAUACGGUAGAAUAUUUGAAUAAUUUCAACCUAUUUCCAAAAUCAAUGAUUACGAAUAAAAUUGCACGUGAUGUUCUUGUUGAAUGUGCCAUUAAUGCUUAUCGUAAUCUACAAGGUGUACCGCCAAGUGUUGCUGAAAUCUAUUAUAUAAGCGAAGCACAACGACGUGAAGGCUAUGGUCAGGAAGGUUUUCCAGCACGAGAUCUGAAUACCGGACAAGAUGUUUGCCUUGGUGUUUGUAUUCGUGGAAUUUUUGUCGUCAAUACCGAUAAUAAUACAUUGGAAUUAUUCAAAUGGGUGGAUAUUGCAAAUUUUAUGCAUCAAAAAAAAGUAUUUACCAUCGAAAAUGAGAGAGAAAAAUAUUCGAAAAAUUAUUCAACAUAUGAUAGUGAUUAUGCUAAUUGUAUAUGGCAAACAUGUGUUGAACAGCAUCAAUAUUUUAUGAAAGGUAUACAAAAUGCACAGGUGAUGAAUCAAAAUGAUCAACAACAACAGCAACAAACAUCGACAUUGAAUCCAAUAAAUGAAUCGAUACAGAUUCAGCUUACCAGCACUGGUGGUGUUGGUUCUACAGGUGGUGAUCAAUCAAUAUCACAACAACAACAACAACAACCGAUACAAUCUGCCUCAUCAACGACAACAACAUUAUUGAAUCCAUCGACAUUAUAUAUUCAACAGCAACAACAACAACAACAACAACAUCAUGGUUCCGAUAAUUCUGUACAUAAAUUAUUACAACAAUCAACGGAUACAACAGUAGAUUUUAUGAAUAAUCAAUCUUUAUAUGAAACAAUUGGUUCUGGAAAUGUUAUAACGACCACAACAUCGGCAAGUGGAAAUUUAAAUAUCGAUGUAAUACCAACAACAAUAACGACAACGGCGACGACGACCACCACCACCACCACCAUUGUGAAUAAUAAUGAUAUGGAUAACGACAAUAUAUUGUUACGUAAUAAACGGAAUUCUCAUCAAGAACCACCGAUUGAUUUAAAUCACAUUCAAAUCAAUUGUUCGAAUAUUAAUAAUCAAUAUAAUCUUAAAUCUGGUGAACUUGGUGGCCAACCGAAUAACAACGAUGCACCGGUUACAAAAAUGAAUAAUUCGAAUGUUGAUUUAUCCACAACAACAAUAGCGACAUCUGUGACCGAUUCAACAACGACAUUGGCAACAACGAAAAAUAUACCAAUUUAUGCAAAUCAAUCGAAUCUAAAUGAUCUCACAUAUGAACAAAAGAAAAAACUUUUACCACCAUAUCGGAUGCCACCAGAUUAUGAAACAUUUUUAAAACAUAAAUAUCUAAUGACAAAUACAAUGAGUCAAAGUUUAACAUCGAUACCAUCAAGAUUAGCAUCCGGAACAAUAACAAUGGUCGAUACUAAUGGUGGUGGUGGUGGCGGUAAUAAUAGCAUAACAGCUAGUCAUACACAAAUCAAUUCAUCAUCAUCAUCAUCGUUAUAUCAACAUCCACAACAACAUCAAAUUUUUCAUCAUCAAAAUAAUAAUCAAUAUUCACCUGUUAAAUGUCAACAAUUUCCAUUUUCACAACAUCAGCAACAACAACAGCAGCAAAAUUAUCAACAAAAUCAAUUACCAUUUCAAUUUACUGGUAAUAAUGUAUAUCGUAAUUAUACGGAUUUAUCGAACUUGGCUAUCGAUCAAUCAUCAUCAUCAACAGUGACAACAACAUCUCAUAAUCAUCGAUGUUCAUUACCACCAAAUCCAAAUGAAGAUUCAUCAUCAUUGAUGACAAUGAUACCUUCGAAUCAAUUACCAUAUCAACAUCAACGUUUACAAAAAUCUGGAAUGUUUACAUCAAGUUCACCUGAUUUAAAUUCAUUAAAUCCUUUGAUGUUUAUUGGACAACAACCACAACAACAGCAGCAACAACAACAACAUAAACAAAGACUUGUUCAACAUUCACAAAAUCCAAAUUUGAUUAAAUCAAAUAAUGGAAGUGCUGGUGGUGGUGGAAUGAUGUCAAUGAUGGUAAACAAUCAUAAUCAAAUAGAGAAUGGAAACGCCACUCAUUAUCAUAACGUUGCUCCUUCUAUAAAUCAACAACAACAACAAUCGAUGAUGAUGAAAAAACCACCGUAUUUUACAAGUGUUCCAGAUUUAACAUUUAAUAAACAACAAUAUUCACAACAACAGCAACAAGAUUUGCUAUUAUUGGGUAUUGGUGGUGAGAAAAAAUUUAGUAAAACGAAAAAUUUUUUCCGUCUAUUUGGUUGGUCACAAAAUAAAACUGGAUCUGAACCAAAUUUAUUUAAUAAUUCAUCAUCCGUAUCGGCAUCAUAUUCACCUAAUUCAUAUCAUUUAAAACGUUCAAAAUUUUCAAUCGAACAUUUAGAUUCAAAUAAUUUUGUUGGUAUUCGAAAUGUAAUCAACAACAACAAUAACAAUAAUUGUACAACAUCGAUAAAUGACAAUCAUCAAAUAAUGACAAGACCAAUGACAAUGUCAUUUACAACUAUUUCACAAAAAAUUGAUGAAUUGCCGGAGACAACAGCUAUUGUUGAACAACAACAGCAGCCAACAACAAUGACAAAAACUGAUGUCGAUAAUAAUAAUGAUGUCCUUGCAACAUCGAAUAUUUCACCAUCAAUUCAUACAACAACAGCAGCAGUACAACAGCAGCAGCAACGACAACAACAACAUCAACAACAACAACAAUCAAAUCAUCAAUAUAUUAAUCUACAAGAAGAUACACAACAAACAUCUGUUGAACCAAUAAAAUCAUCUUCUAUUGAAGAUAAUAAUAAUUCUACAAUUAUAAUGCCACUAGCAAAAACAUCGUCAACAACAACGGCAAAUUCUCGAAUUAUUGUUUUUGGUAAAAGUUUUGAUGAUCAAGAUUUUACUAAAGAAUUUGAAUUAUUACCACGAAUGAAUCCAACAGCAAAAUUUACAACGGCAUCAUUAACGGAAAAUAUAUUGAAAAAUCGUUUUCGUGAUAUAUUGCCUUAUGAGGAAAAUCGUGUUAAAUUGACACCAACCAAAGAUAAUAAACAUGGCUAUAUAAAUGCAUCACAUGUUUUAAUGACAUUCGGAUCGAUUAAACAGCAUUAUAUUGCCGCACAAGGACCAUUACCAAAUACAACACUGGAUUUUUGGCAAAUGGUCUUUGAACAACAUAUCAAUCUAAUUGUAAUGGUUACAAAUUUUAGUGAAUCUGGUUCACAAAAAUGUUAUAUUUAUCUACCGUUAUCAAGUGAACCAGGUAAAAAUGCAUUACGUUUUGGUGAUUAUGAGAUUACCUGUACAUAUACGGCUGAAACAUUGACAUAUAUUUUAAGUUUAUUAACAUUAACACAUAAUGGUCAACGAAGGCAGAUUACCCAUCUUCGUUACACUGAUUGGAAUGAUCAUUCCAUACCUGGAGAUUUACAAAGUUUUCUUACAUUUCUAUCAGAAAUGGAUGCCAUUUAUCGACAAAAUAAUCGUGAUGGAUCUAGUUUCGGUCGUAAUAAACAUCAUCGACAUUCAUCAAGUUCGAUACAUAAACCACCACCAUUAUUACCACCAAUAUUAGUUCAUUGUAGUGCUGGUGCUGGCCGUAGUGGUGUUAUGAUAUUAUGUGAUGCUUUACUUAAAUGCCUUGAUUAUCAACAUUCCGAACCAAUCGAUGUACCAAAAGCAUUGAUACAAUUACGAUUUCAACGUAUGAUCAGUGUACAACAUUGUGAACAAUUUCGUUUUGUUUGUCAGGUUCUUUCACAGAAUCUAUCAAAUUCCAGGCUUAUCUAAUUGAUCAGCUUCAGAUUGUGCAUGCAAAUUCAUUUUUUUCUCUCUUUCUUUAAUUGUAAAUUGAAUUUUUUU